AACUGGGUCAGCAUUUAAAUGUCUUUUUUUAAAUUGUCAAACAUUAAAUAUUACCUACAAUACAAGAACACAGUAUACAGUGCCAGCUGCCACAGGUGUAAGGUUUAAGUAGCAUUAUGAAAACCACUCCUACCAAAAUAAACACAAGUGGUCAAGAGCUUGAUAGUUAAUCUGCAGAUUACAGCAUGUUAAUCUGGGUCAGUUAGUUUAUUAGGGCUUGCUUUACUGAGUGAAGCACACAUCACUCAGGCAUUCCUCUCAUCACCACACUGCUCUCCAAAUUAAGGGAUUUUAAACACUCUUAAAACAUGUUUUUAUUCUAAACUCUAAGGAAAUGUGACUAAUGUUGUCUUAAUAAAAGGCUGGAAAUGCUAUAAUUUUUGAACGAAUGAAGGGCCAAAUACUGGCGUUAUAUUGGAAUAUGAUGGAUAAAUAAGAAUUGAUUCCAACAUGACUUAACAAGCGCAGUGACAGUGAGUGUAGGUCGGUUAGGUUUACCUUCCUCCACCACAUCUCUCUGCUAGACACUCGCUGUAAUUCCACCUAAUGCGGAUAAUGCCCAGCACAUAUUGCGCACGACGCGCGCUGCCUGCGACGCACAGUCAGUUCUUAGAUUUAGAGUUCAGAGAGGGAAGGGCCCGCGAUGAGAUUGUAGUCAACGCGAUUUAGUAUCGAAUGAAACAUGUAGACCGUCUUCCAAUUUGAUUGCAGUUUUUUUUAGAUAUCUAUUAUCGAUGGGAAAACGUUUUGUUUGUGGACGUGGUGACUUUCCAUGGCAUUUCGACCAUCUAACUGGACUUUUUAUAGAUCCAACAGACUCGCAGGACUGCGCCAGAUAAUGAAAGACGCGGGUGGAUUUCAGUGGUGUCUCGGUGGAUUAGAGUGGAUCUCUCUCGACAACCAGCCAGGCUCUACAGGGACAGAAGUGUGAGAUCUGCUCCUGGAGAUGGAUUCAUACGCUUCUCAACUCAACCGCAGCCUGUCGCUGGCGAGUGGCCUGGAGAAGUCGUCGCCGACGUGGAACAAAGCGUCCCACUCUCGGAGCAGCAGCACAGUGUCAUCUCGCCACUCCAGACAGAUGAUCAAAGAUUGGGAAGUCAUUGAUGACCUUCCUGUAGAAAUGCACAUGGGAGGUGACCAUCCUCAGGAUAUGACCACCCCGGGUGUCUGUGAAGGAUAUCUUCUCAAGAGGAGGAAGUGGCCACUGAAAGGUUGGCACAAGAGAUACUUUGUCUUGGAAGCUGGGAUUUUGCGUUACUCCAAAAACCAACAGGACGUCUCCAGGGGGCGGGUCCAGGGCUCCCUUGAUGUUAGUCUUGCGGUAAUGUCAGUAAAUAAAAAAUCAAACCGCAUUGACCUGGAUGCGGGGGACAUUCUCUAUCAUAUGAAGGCAAAGAGUCAUGAGCUCUUCUACAUCUGGAUGACCAAACUACAAGCCCACCGCCUGUUCAAGAAGAACGAGGCAGCGCAAGUUCACAGCGGCUUCAUCCAGACUUUGUCUCACAGCGCUGCCGUUGGACCAGCUCAGAGAAAUGGAGAUCUGAGCUCCACAGGUGUGAUUGAUUUGGCCCAGGCGUCAGGAGCGCUGCCCUCGGCUAACACGGCUGUCAACAGAAAAGUUUCUGCCUGGCUGCAGCAGAGUCACGACCCAGACAACUGUGUUCAUGAAUUGAACCGAUGCCAUUUGGACUUGUCUGAGCUAAACCGCUUAAUUCAGAGGCUGCAGGCGCUGGAGGUGGGCCAGGCUUUCACAAAUGGAGACCUGCAGCGGAUCAUCAGCAUGCAGAAUCUUUCACUUGAGAAGCCAAAGAAGGCAAAGUCAGGGAAGUUGUGGGGCCACUCUCGCACACUGUCUACAGUAGAGGCCUUGGGAAUUCUGUCCUCCAGUCACCUGAGCAGUUCAUCUCACCUCGGCGCAUCAGUGCCCUCCAUCCCGGACUACGUCUACUCUCAGUUGUCCCCUCCCACCGUCACAUCACCCGAGUGCAAGAAAAUCCAGCAGGACAUCUGUUCCACAUCGUUACGAGUGCUUGCAUCCCUGAAAUCAGUUCACGAGACUCUGUCCCAGGAGAGGCAGAAAAUACAAGAAGUCUGGGAAUCUAACACCAUCCACCAGUCCAACACGUUAACUGAGCCUUCAGCAGAGCAGCAUUCAUCCCUCAGGCCUCCUUCGGUGGCCGACUCGGGUGCAGAGUACUUUGAUGCCAGCGACGACGUCGUCUGUGGUAGCUCCUCUGAGGUGUCUGAAGAAUCGGGACUCAGCGAUGGAAGCACAACCAACUCGGAGCCAGAGGAGGGACAUGCAUCAGCCACUCGCAAGUACCGCGCCAGCAUUUCCAAGACCCCAAACAGUGUCGUUCCCAAGAGCACUGGGCGUCGAACCACAUUACCUGCUCACUGUCCCGACAACAGCCACGUGGGCCUCAUGGCUAUCCUCUACAAUAACAUAGGUAAAGACUUGGCUCGAGUGUCCAUGCCUGCUGCUCUCAACGAGCCUGUGAACCUGCUGCAGAGACUGUGUGAGGAGCUGGAGUACAGCGAGCUGCUGGACACUGCCAGCAACACACCAGACCCCUAUCAGAGGAUGGUUUACAUUGCUGCCUUUGCCAUCUCUGGAUAUUCCACUGCAACGUUCAGAAACCGCUAUAAGCCCUUUAACCCGGUGCUCGGGGAAACCUACGAGUGUAUCAGAGAAGAUCGAGGGUUCCGCUUCAUCAGCGAGCAGGUCUGCCACCAUCCGCCCAUCUCUGCAUGCCAUGCAGAAUCAGAGAACUUCUCUUUCUGGCAAGACCAGAGAUGGAAAAAUAAAUUCUGGGGGAAGUCAUUGGAGAUUCUGCCAACCGGAAUGGUGAACGUGACUCUUCCAAGGUAUGGUGACCACUAUGAGUGGAACAAAGUGGUGACCUGCAUCCAUAAUGUCCUCAGUCAGCAGCGCUAUCUGGAGCAUUACGGAGAGGUCACCAUCAAAAAUCUUAACAGUAGCGUGUGCACGUGCAAGAUCACCUUUGUCAAGUCCCGUUAUUGGGGCUCGGACACAAACAAGAACGAGGUGCAGGGCAUGGUGCUGGAUCAGAGUGGGAGUGUCAUUCACCGAUUUGGCGGUCUGUGGCAUGAAGGCAUCUUCUGUGACACUCUGCCGACUCCAAAAUGUGUCUGGAAGCCCAAUCCCCAGCCAAAGGAUCACCUGCUGUAUUAUGGCUUCUCCACCUUAGCAAUGGAGCUGAACGAACUCACCCCUGACCUGGAGCCUCUACUGCCCCCUACAGACAGCCGUCUGCGCCCAGACCAAAGACUGUUGGAGGAGGGUCAAGUGAAUGAAGCGGACAGAAAGAAAGACGAGAUAGAAGACAUACAGAGGGAUCGUAGAAAAGCGCUCGCUAAAAGGGGCGAAGAACAUGUUCCACACUUUUUCAAGAAAGCCAAAGAUUUGUGUGGACGGGACGUGUGGUUGACAAACGGCUCUUACUGGAAGCUCCGAGAGGAUCCAGGCUUUGUUAAUAUGGACAACAUUACUCUGUGGUGAUGAUGGUUGGAGUGCAAAGUGACAGCAGACACUAAAGAAUAUCUGUGGAGGAUAUUUGAACAGCAUAUAUGAACUGCUCUGAGUGGAGAUUGUGCUGUUUUUUUUUUUUAGACAAAUUCACUCAGCAUUCAUAUACUUAUGUUGAAAUGAAUACAUUUUUUUUCUGAAACAUAACAAUUAGCAUGUUGUAAGUAAACAUUAAAAUAAAAACACGUCCUCCAGCUUACAAUGCAACAAUGACUCUUCCUACUUUGGGAAAAUGAGGCACCAAAAUGUUGCGUUUUGUCAUGUGUAAGCUUUAAUUUCAUGAAUAAAAAAAAAAAAACAACAGUACAUGACACAAUUAAGCCACCUUUAAUAAAUAACAGUUCCCCCUUCAAAAACCUUCAUCCAUUAUUUAUUUCUGCAUUGCUAUUUAUAAGCUCUCAUCGAAAGAGUCAAAGGAGGAUAAUUGCUCCCUUGACAGAAACAGUGCACAUGGAACACACACACACACAAAUAACAUGCUUGUUUCUUGACCCUUCUUCACGCCUCUAUUUCUAUAUUAUACAGUAAAAUCUCUGGAAACACAGCUUCCACACACACACAGUCUUAGCUUCUCUCUCAUGGAAAUGUGUGUUUAGGGAAACACAGAUGGGAAGGGAAAUGGAGGUAUCAAAUGUUUAAUAACGGAUUUGUGGUUUUGCUGGAGUUAAUUGCACUAGCUGAGUUAUCCAGCAGGGGUCGUUCUCAAGGAUGGAUUAGUGAACAGGCCUACCAGGCUGAAGGGCUCGGGGCCCUUUUCUCAUCUGUGCCCAGGGGCCCACUGGCUCAUAAUCAGUCCCAGGUCGUUCCUGAGGUGUGUCAAAGCUUUAUUUCUUUUUUCUUCUGCUGCUGUUUUAUGUAUGAUUUCAUGCACUCGUGCAGGUGCAGGGUCACUGAGGAGACGAGCAUGCAGCAAACUACAGAACAAGUAAUUGAAAUCAUCCACUGGCCCGUGUUCGUUGUUUUUGAAGGCAAUGAUCAAACAUGUUGUUUUCUAUUAAUUGCACUUGAAACAAGAGUGGAAUCAUCACCUUGUUCUCAAUAUAAACAUUAAAUAGUACAAAAUUAUACAGAAAACACGUUUUUUUUCCAUCACUUGAUCAUAAUAAUAUGUCUGUUCUGUUUCCAGCGUACAAUUCAAAUUUUAAUUUAAUUAAUUAAAUGACAGUCCUGUGUGCAUCAACAUCACUCUUUAAGACCAAGUGCAUCUUUUUGAUUGUCUUUAACUUCCAGCAAGACUGAUGCAAAUCUCAGUCUUUAUACACUCGUAUAAAAUUAGCUUUGCUGAGAAAGGAGCAGUUUAAAUAACACAAGAAAUAAGGCAAACAGUAGCCAGAAUCUUUCUUUCUUUCUUUCUUUUUUUUAAAUUUACAGAAAUAAUCACUAUAAAACAACCCCACACCCGUCUGAAAAUAUCUACUACAUACUAAAAGCAAAAUCUGUAAAGGUGCCCGAUACAUAUUUUGUGAACUAUUGUCAUAACGUAAGUGUAAUUGCUGGUUUGUAUGUAAGUAUACUUUCAUUUGUUGAUUAAAUAUGUUGUGUCUGAA